AUGGCCAUAUCUGGUAUCCUGAUACUGUAUCCUUCAGUCUAUCUCGGGGCAUCCUCCGUUCUUGCCUUCGGGGCGCUGUCCGCCACACCCUCCCUCCCUCCGUUGGUCUUACUACUCGCAAUCCUGCGCCUCCAAACGGAAACUGUCAUACCUCGACGACAGUGGAACCUCGCUGCCGGUCAGCUCAUCCUCACCUCCACCGCCAUCGCCCUCGCAAACGCGGCCCCCUCGUGGAAUGCAUUGUCCACGCCCUUCGUCUCCGUGAUCGCGGUCGCAGGACUAUCGUUUACGACCACUUCUGCUGCAGCCACCGCUCUGGUGCUAGGGUAUCACAUCCCCCGAGUCUUACGUGGCAACUGGGCUCGCUUUACUGCCUUCCCCGCCAUCUGGGCCACGACAUGGGCUAUAGCCGAGUACGUCAGUCCCAUCGGCCAGCUCGCGGCCUGGAGCCCCCUCAUCGAGCUCGCCGGGUACGAGUGGGUGCGCCCCUUCGGCGGCCAAGUCGCCAUCAACUGGAUUGUCGCAAUGUGGGCCACCGUGCUCGCGGAGGUCCUCGGCGCGUGGAUCGUCGAUCCCUACGACGAGGCGGACGAGGACGUCGAAGGCGCUACCCAUCAAAAUCCUGCAGCUCGUCCGGGCGGUCGCAAGCGGUCGAUCUGGGUCGCGGUGCUCGCACUGCUCGCCCUCACCGUCCCGUCUUACUGGACCACCGAUAUGCCGCCCCCGGUCUCCGCGUCAGAUGUGACUCCGUUUGGGGUCGCGUGCGCCCUACCGUAUCCGCAAAGGAACGGGGUGCUCACGCAUACGCCUCAGCUAGCGGACUACAUCGCCGAGUCAAAGACCCUCCAGUCCGAGGCCAAGAUCAUCCUUUGGCCGGAGAGCGCAGUCCAUUUCAACUCUCCAGGAGACAAAAAGAACGCCUUCGCGGAGAUCCACAAAGUAAUACACAACUCCGUGUACUACGGCGUGGGAUUCGAAGAAGUCGUCCACGAAGACUCGUCUGAUGGGGUUUGGAAGGUCGGCAUGAAGAGGAAUGGACUUGCCAUUGUAGGCGCCGAAGGGGUCGUGUACGAAUACUACAAGCAGCAUCUCGUGCCCAUUGCAGAAUCGUUCGGGAUGACCCCCGCAAAGGACGAGCAAGCCGCGAUAUUCACCAUACAACUCCCUCAUCCGAAGUCGUGGACCGGACCCGCCUGGGCCCCAGGGCCGAAUCACACACGCCCCAUUUCGCUCAGCGCGUCCAUCUGUCUCGACUUCGCAUACUCCUCCACACUGCACUCUCUCUCAUCCCGCCCCGCGCUGGUCCUCGCCCCGGCUCGCACGUGGCACCCCACCAUAGGCCUCACCAUGUGGCAGCACGCUCGCGCGCGCGCUGCCGAAACCGGGACCACUCUUCUCUGGUGCGACGGUGGUGCGGGCGGCGUGAGUGGGCUCGCGGGGCACGGAAGGCGGGCCUUCCGGCAGGCCGGCCCGGGCUCUUGGGUGCAGGUCGCAAGCGUGCAGUGGCCGUUCGACGAGGGGCGCACGCCGUUCGCCGUUGGGGGCACGCGUGCGGCGUUGUUCGUGAUAUUUUUCGUAGUUGGCGCGGGCUGGGCGACAACGCAUGUCGGAGGAACGUUGGAGGAGGGUGGGCGUGCUGUUGGGGCCGGGGUGAGGCGGCUCGCCGAUGUAUGGCGUGUUGCGGUGGCCGUGCGCCGGCGUCACGCAGUGGGGGAACAGCAGUCCUUGUUAGGAUGA